UCGCGAUACAUUGGACCAUACAUUGUGUUGUUUUGCAAUCGGCAAGGAGCGUACGUACUCUCUAAGCUGGAUGGAGCGGUGUUGGACAGGCCAAUAGUGGCAUUUUGGGUGAUACCCUUCAUGGCAAGAAAGAAAGUCACCAUAUCUGAGGAAAUGCUAGAUGCAUCGGAGUCCCGACUCAAGGAAAUGAGUCAAGUGGAGGAUGAAGGAGAGGAAAAACCUGAGGUAGAAGAUGGUGAAGAAGAAUCGAAAAGUGAAGAAGAGGACCAGCAGGCAGAAGAAUCAAAUGACGGUGAAAAGUAGCCCUCAACCAGGAGUCAGCAAUGCGCUAUAUACAGUUUUCAAGAUAAUUCCUUUCAUUCCUUCAAAAAAAAAAAAACUAGCUCAACUCUCAAUCACAAGCCUAUCUUAAUGUUUCUUUUUCUUAUUCAAGUCAUAUCAAUGGUUUCAAACAAGCAACAUAGAUUUUGCAACCAGAGAUGAUGAGUACAUUGCUCC